CAAUCCUAGCUAGGGUUCUGACUUAGGGCUCAAAAUUCAGUUACGAUUCUAAAAAAUUAAUUGUUAUAAGCGAAAAAAAAGGAAUGGCGACAAAAACUGAAGAGGAACCAAAAGUAGCGACUACUAAGAAAGAAGGAGAAGAAGAAGCUAAAAUUGAUCUGUUUGAAGAUGACGAUGAAUUUGAAGAAUUUGAAAUUGAUCACGAGUGGGUUGCAAAGGAAGACGGGAAGGAAGUAAUUCAACAAUGGGAAGAUGAUUGGGAUGAUGAUGAUGUGAAUGAUGACUUCUCGUUGCAGCUGAGGAGGGAACUUGAAAGCAACACUGAGAAAAAGUGAGUGAAUCCUGUCUAAUGGUCUAAAUAUAUGUAUCUCGGUAUCUCCAUUUGCAUAUUCAGUAUGGAUUGUUUUUGUUUGGUACAAAAUCUCAUGCACAUUUCCCUUUGAAUAGUUGUUACUGUUUCCAAAUCAGGGAUUUGUGAUUCUAUCUGUUUUUGUGAAUGUGAUUGCAUAUGCAUCAAGUUGGGGAGUAAUAGAAACCUUGUUGUCAUA